UCUCUCCCUUCCUUCUGCAAAUUUCCAUCUGAAUUUUCUGCAACAAAAAAAUUCGAAUCCGUUUAGAGGAAAUCGAAAUCGAAAUCGGAGAGGAUGUUGAAGGAAACGUGGAAUGGGCCGCCGGGCUUCAGACCCACCAAAUCUGCUCCGGCGUCCCCCGCCAAGCCUCUGGGUGUCGCCAGAACCCGCUCCGAUUCCUUCCAUGUCGCCGCCCCCAAAGUCCCCGUCGGCGACAGCCCUUACGUUCGAGCCAAGAAUGUCCAACUGGUUGAUAAGGAUCCGGAGAAGGCCAUCCCUCUGUUCUGGGCAGCCAUUAACGCCGGAGACAGAGUGGAUAGUGCUCUGAAAGACAUGGCGAUCGUGAUGAAGCAGCAAAACAGGGCGGAGGAAGCCAUUGAAGCGAUCAAAUCGUUAAGACACCGGUGUUCCGAUCAAGCCCAAGAAGCUCUUGACAACAUUUUGUUAGACCUCUACAAGAGAUGUGGGAGAUUGGAUGAUCAAAUUGGACUGUUGAGGCACAAAUUGUUCAUGAUCCAACAAGGAUUAGCCUUUAAUGGAAAGAGAACGAAGACUGCAAGAUCUCAAGGGAAAAAGUUCCAGGUUUCAGUUGAUCAAGAAGCCACUAGACUCCUGGGGAAUUUGGGGUGGGCGUUGAUGCAGCAAAGCAACUACAUAGAAGCAGAAGAUGCAUACAGAAGGGCAUUAGCGAUAGCGCCAGACAACAACAAGAUGUGCAAUCUGGGGAUUUGCUUGAUGCAGCAAGGAAGAGUGGGGGAGGCUAAAGAGACGCUCCGCCGCGUAAAACCGGCGGUGGCGGACGGCCCCAGAGGCGUAGAUUCUCACCUCAAAGCCUACGAGAGAGCCCAGCAGAUGCUUCAGGAUCUCGAAUCCGUCGCCAUGGUUAAGGUCGUCGGCUCCUCCGACCAACACCGCAAGGCUUUCGAAUCUUUCUUGGUCUCUUCCGCAAUCUGGCAACCUCAGCCUUGCUCCACAACAAUAACAACCGCAAAUCCGCUCCAAGAAGACCAAUUCCCAGACGAAAACAUCGUAUCUUCCAACCGGGUGGCGCAAAAGCCUCCUCUCAACUCGCUCAACAUAGACGCGCCGCCGUUCUACUCCUCCAAAUUCGCCUCCAAGGAGCCGGUGCUGAAGCGAACAAGGUCCGGCAACGGCGGCGCCGGCGCCACCCCGGAAAACAAGAUGAGACGGCAGUCGAUUUCGCCGGAGAAGAAAUGGGCGGACUUGAUGCUGCCCGACAGCAAGGACUUCGAGGACGCGAUAAUUGCAGCAGUUUUGGAUUCUGAAACAACAUCAACAUCGUCGAAGCUGGAACAUUGUCCCAGAAAGAUUGAGAAGAGGCUUAAGGUUUUUCAAGACAUCACGCUGUCAUUGAGUCCUAAAGCCUGAGGAAUCCAUUCUUAUGGGAUUGGAUUAUUUAUUUAUUUGUUUAAAUCUAAUUAUCAUCCAUUCUUAUUGUUUUAGAUUAUUAUGCAUAAAUUAUUUAAUUUAGGAGUAGGGAGAUGAGCUUGUUCUCCUUUACUUUUCUUAUAUUCCUUA